GUCGUCGCUGAGUGAGAACAAGACGCAGCCCUGCCGGAGGGAGGCGGAGGCGGUUGGUUGUCAGUUGAGUUUCGCUGGUAGCUAGUGCUGACAGGUCAGCUCAAACCACUCGUUCAUCUGCGGAGGACGUAAGGAAGGAAGCAAGGAAGGAAGGAAGGAAUCUCCCAAACCGGAGAGACAUGGAAGACGCGGUCGGUGUUAGCGCGUACGGAGCUUCGCUCGCCGGACGAGGUUUCGACUUCUACAAGUUUAUCCGACAACCGCAAACUGUUGUACGGCUACUCAGCUGGUUAUUUGCCCUGGUGGUGUUUGCCUGCAUCACAACAGAGGGAUACAUCAACAGUCCAACCAGUGCUGAGGCAAAGUGCAUCUUCAACCAGAGCGACUCGGCGUGUCACUAUGCUGUCGCCAUCGGGGUGAUCGCCUUCCUGGCCUGCAUGGCUCUUCUGGUGUUGGACGUUUACAUGCCGUUCAUGAGCAACGCACAGGAAAGGAAAUAUGCCGUGCUGGCUGAUCUGAUUUUCUCAGGGCUGUGGACCUUCCUGUGGUUUGUGUGUUUCUGUCUGUUGGCAAAUCAGUGGAGUCGCACUCAUGAUGUCCGCGGCAUCCCAGAGGAUGCUGCACGAGCCACCGUGGCCUUCUCCUUCUUCUCUAUCGCCACCUGGGGAAUCCUAUCCUACUACGCCUUGGGUCGUUUCCGUCGCGGUGUAAACGAUGUCACCAUCCCAACCUACACGGAGCCGCCAGCGGAUCCCCACAACGCCUACCCUCCGACCUAUGCGCCCACCUCCUACAACCCCACCACCUACACUCCGACCACUUACACGGCGUAUCCCAGCAAUGUGCCCGACUCGCAACAACAGCCGCACUUCAUCUCAAACCCCCAGCCACAAGGAGACUUUAGCUACCAGCCGCCCAGCUACUGAGACAAAGGGAGCUCACACGGAUGAGGUGGUGUGUCCUCGGUCAUCUGCCGAUGCAGUGAUUGGAGUUUUGCACUGCAGAGACACAGAGCUUUAUCACAUUGAUGUGUUUUUUUUUAACAUCUAGUUUCAGCCUUAUUUUGUCAGAUUUGUCAGGAACCAGAGCAAUGCAACUGCAAGUUUAGAGAUAUGGGACACAACAGUUUACUUCAAAGGAUCUACGGUCAGAUUAGAAGACAUCAGGCUUCAGGAGUGCUAAGAUUAGUGCUGGGUAUUAGGUAAUCUGACUUUAGACCUCUGUGUAAAAAAAACAAACCCUGCAACAUUUACCUCAAAUGGGCUGAUCCUGAAGGAGGUAGAUAAAAAAUGUAUCCAGGAGGUCAACAGUCACAUUGUGUGACUCAACAAAGCUCCAGUCAUAGUGGAGGAGGAUGACACUGGCUGUGUAUCUCUUCUGUCUCUGCUGAAAUAAUAAGAAUGUGCAUUUGUA